UUUGUCUACAAGGUGCAUUGAAUGCUCAAAAUUUACUGUGAAACUGAAAGGAGUAUGAAAAUGUGUUUUCACUUAAAAUCCCAUCAGACAAAUUUCAUUGACAGUUUGGAAGCUUCAAUAUAUAACCCAAAUUGCGAGCAGUUAAAUGUAACCUACAUUCGUCUGCACACAAUACCUACCGGCAUACUAAAGUCAAGCAUAACUAAUGAGCUUGUGAAAAACAGAAAAUGAUAAUUAUGUCUAGGAUCUUGACGUCUCCUUGCUUUGCACAACAGCAUUUCUUGCCGACGCAAACAUAUUUUUGUGUCGUAUUUUAUGAGUGCGUCCCUCUGUCAUAAGCGAGCCAGGCUUAUGCAGUGUACAUUGAACACUUAAAUUGUACGGCGUACGACUUUAUGUAGUGGUUUACAUCGAGGCAAUUAACACACGAGUUUAUUGUGGCUACGACAGAACAAGGAUGCAGAACAGGCGUGCGAGCGUAGCGCAGGUCAGACACAUCGUUCAAGCAAUGGCGGUCACAAAGGAUCCAUUCACUCAUUAUGUUUCCUGCUGGCUUUGUGGCUUAUUAAUACUGAAUCUACACUGUCUUCCCGUUAUUUCACAAGAAAACGCGACGGAGACAGCUACAGAAACCACAUUCGCCAUAUUAUCCUCAACAGAAACGAAUUACACGGGUGACGCAACUAUGACAUCACUUACUAUUAAUUCUACCACUGAGCCAAGAGAAGUUCAAACUGAAAUGGUUACAGAUCUGGUGACAGCGUUGGCGAACGCCACAACGGCCCAAGAAGAAUUUCAAACAAACUUGCUGACAGUGGAGGGAACGGAGCUGCAGAACACGACAGUAUUCCAAGAGGAAAACGCGACGGAGACAGCUACAGAAACCACAUUCGCCAUAUUAUCCUCAACAGAAACGAAUUACACGGGUGACGCAACUAUGACAUCAUUGACUAUUAAUUCUACCACUGAGCCAAGAGAAAGUCAAACUGAAAUUAUUACAGAUCUGGUGACAGCGUUGGCAAACGCCACAACGGCCUAUGAAAAAUUUCAAACAAACUUGCUGACAGUGGAGGGAAUGGAGCUACAGAACACGACAGUAUUCCAAGAGGUAAACCAGACCACUCAACCGUCACGAAAUGUUACAGACACAAUGACGAUGACGAUGGAAGUUACAGGUGACGAUAACGAUAACACUUCCCUUUCCGCAAAUGUAACGGAGGACUUCCCGCCUCUUGGCACAGUGGUCGUACCAGCAACAAUCGUUCUAUCAACCCCCGAUCUGUUCAAUCCAUCCAGGGCACCGACUCCUCUAAUCAGUCCUAUCAUUCCAGUCUUGAUAUUCGCCGGUCUUCUUUUCCUAAUGACUAUUAUGAUAUUCAUCGUUUUAUAUACAAAAUCAAGAAAAAAGCGGAGCAUAUCGACCUAUAACCUUACUCCAGCCGCAAAUGGGAAUUCCUCCCAAAUCGGCUACCGUAACACGGCCUACGAACAAGGCGAUGUCGCCAACGACAUAGACGUCGAAUGCAGCAUGCAGGAAAUACGGCUGGAAGGAAAGCCUAGGAACGAAAAUAUUUUACAGAACUAUGAAGGCUUUGAAGAAGAACUGACGCCACUUUAACGAGGUGUGGCUUCCGAGUGACCUGUUUUGGGUGAUGCUGGAAGCUUUGAUGGUAAUUAUAGAGUCAAUUGUAUGCUUCACAACUUUGCAACCUUCUUUUUUUAAAACGUUGGACGAGACGCUACGAGAGCUGCAAGUGUAGCUUAUACAUGUACAAAAACUCUGGGAUUUUGUACCCGUGCUUUGUCAGGGACAAGUAUAAGUCACAUUUAUUUGAUGGUACCUAAGAAAUGUGGUCAAGUAUUCUGAACAUCUCACCGUGAGAAAGUUUUUAUGCGCAAAGUCCAUCUGCAAAAGUGCACGUAGGGAUUCAUCCCUGUAUCUGUGUGCACAAGUCUAUAGUGUCCAUCACUAGCAAAUCAAAGAUGCAGACACUUUUUUGUUCCAUUUAAAAGGAAUGGAUUCGAAUUCGAAGGUCUGGAAGAAUUCCUUUACAUUCUUUUGAAGGCCCUCGCGUAAUUGCAAUUUUCCAUGGGUAAUGAUAAAUAUUAACUCACUUGUAUCAUUUGGCUACGUACAUUUUACUAGUUAUGAAAUGUCUUUUAAAGUAGCCAGAGUACAAAUGAACUACACAAAAAAGGCAAUUUAUAGAGGUCCGUUUUAUUUGCAUGCACGCUGAUCCUUACAGCGCCUCGCAUAGUUUGGCUUACUCAUUGUAUUGUAUUUAAUAGCCGUCGACAGGGCGUCAAGGUUUGCUUACGUAGUAAGCUGGUGGAGGUAUGAAACAAUCCUACAUAUGCAGCAAGGUACGAGACGGAGAGAACCCCCUCCCUGCUUUGUGUUGGUCAUUGUCUCGCAGGAAU